CUACCAAAAGGAGGAGGAGGAGGGAGGUGCAAGGAGAAGGGUGUUUCUCCAUAGUAACAAUGACAAAACAAGCCCGUUUAGCACCAGGAAAGCAAAAAAGGGGGGAGAGAGUGUUGUGUCAGACACGCACAAACUCCAGCAGGAGAGCGGCAGGGAGAGGAGCGCGCUUUACUCUGUUGGGGGAAAAGUUUUACUGGUGAGGCACUGAGCUGAGCAUGGAGCGGGACAGUCACAGCGAGGACACGUUGUCCACCAUGGUCCUGGAGAACGUCAAGAACAAGCUGAUCCACGCCUUCAGGGCGACGGCGGAGUCCAGAGGAGAGGCGCGGGGCCCCGGCUGCGGCGCCAGGUCCCCAGGCAUCGGGAGGAGUCAGCAGGCCAAUGAGGAGCUGAGGCGGGCGCAGAUAGAUGGAGCCAUAACCUGGCUGAGAUCCGAACUGCUGGAAAUGCGCACUCAGGACCUCCAGCUGGCCCAGACGCUGCUGGGACUCAACACAGAGAUCCAGAGACUGAGGAGGGAGAGCUUUGGGGGGGUGGAAGUGCAAGGGGACGAUCAGCAGUGAGUGGACCCCACAAGGACUGCUUCUUAUCUGGGAAGGACUUAAAACUGACAAAGGGAAUCCGUGGAGCAAGACGUAAUGAGUCCAGAGCAACUAAGAAACACUGAAAGCAUUGUAUGAAGAGAGUGGACCUGCUGCACGGGUCAGAAACGAAGUACCUAAAGAAAAUGUUUUGCACUGAAGCGAGCUGUCUAGAUUCUGGAAAGCACAUCGAACAAAUUAUAAUGAACGUAAGGCUGUGGAGCAAUUAAUAAAAUGGGCCACGUCUUUG